UGUUUUUGCCAUUCCUAUUUCCUUCAUUGAUAAAUUUCCAGCAUCUAUUUCAAGGUUUCGUCUUUUUUCAUGGUUGGAUUCUUUCGUACCACACCCAUCCUCGAUUUUCUCAACUUGUUUCCUCUUUCGUUUCAAUAGGGUUUCCAUUCUCUCUCUUCCUUUCCUUCAUUACACUGCCUUCAUUUUUUGCCAUCAAUUUUCGAAUUCGUCCUGUUCGAGCUCGAUUCGGAUUUUGAUUUGGGAUUUUUUGGAGGGGAUUUCGCAGUGCAUUGAAUUGGGACUGCAUUUUCUGGAUUUUGCUGUACGACUUGAAGAAGCUGGCAUGAUAUGAUGAAGCAUAGUUGGAAGGUAAUCUCAAAGUAGCAGUUUCAAUUUCGAAGCGGAAUGUUCAGUUCGAGCAUGGAUUCUGCGAGAGAUACAAGUGGUGUUGCAGGGACGGUGUUAAUUCCCAUGCGUUUUGUGUGGCCAUAUGGUGGAAGAAGUGUGUAUCUCAGUGGUUCUUUCACACGGUGGUCCGAGCUUCUACAAAUGUCUCCAGUGGAAGGUUGUCCAACUGUCUUUCAAGUUAUUCAUAGCUUAGCCCCCGGUUAUCAUCAGUACAAGUUUUAUGUUGAUGGAGAAUGGCGGCAUGACGAGCAUCAACCUUAUAUAUCUGGAGAAAUCGGGAUUGUUAACACUGUUUUAUUGGCUACUGAUCCUAAUUUCGUACCUGUUUUAAACCCAGACAUAGCUUCUGGUUCUAACAUGGAUGUGGAUAAUGAGGGUUUUCGGCGUGUGGUCCGGUUGACAGAUGGUACAUUGAGUGAGGUAUUGCCAAGAAUAUCAGAUGUUGAUGUACAAACCUCCCGUCAGCGUAUAUCAGCAUUCUUGUCAAUGCGCACAGCUUAUGAAUUACUUCCGGAGUCAGGCAAGGUUGUUGCCUUGGAUGUUGAUCUGCCAGUGAAACAGGCAUUUCACAUUCUACAUGAGCAGGGAAUUCCCAUGGCUCCUCUUUGGGACUUCUGCAAGGGGCAGUUUGUUGGAGUUCUUAGUGCCCUGGAUUUUAUUUUAAUUUUGAGAGAGAUUGGUAGUCAUGGAUCCAAUCUAACAGAAGAGGAGCUUGAAACGCAUACCAUAUCUGCUUGGAAAGAAGGAAAAUCUUAUUUAAAUAGACAAAAUAAUGGACCUGGAGCAGUAUUUCCUAGGCGUUUUAUCCAUGCGGGGCCAUAUGAUAAUUUGAAGGAUAUUGCUGUGAAGAUCCUGCAAAAUGAGGUUUCAACAGUUCCUGUUAUCCAUUCAUCUUCUGAAGACGGUUCAUUUCCACAGCUACUACAUCUUGCUUCACUUUCUGGCAUACUUAAAUGUAUUUGCAGGUAUUUUAGGCAUUGUUCUAGUUCGUUGCCUAUACUUCAACUUCCAAUAUGUGCAAUUCCUGUGGGUACAUGGCUGCCCAAAAUUGGGGAGUCAAAUCGACGACCUCUAGCAAUGUUGAGACCAAGUGCUUCGGUUACUUCAGCACUAAACCUAUUAGUUCAAGCUCAAGUAAGUUCAAUACCAAUAGUUGACGAUAAUGACUCAUUACUGGAUAUAUACUGUCGGAGUGAUAUAACAGCUUUGGCAAAGGACAGAGCUUAUACACAUAUUAACCUUGAUGAAAUGACUGUACAGCAGGCAUUGCAGUUGGGCCAGGACUCUUACAACCCUUAUGAGCUGAGAAGUCAAAGGUGUCAGAUGUGUCUGCGAUCUGAUUCUCUGCAUAAAGUGAUGGAACGCUUGGCGAAUCCAGGUGUCAGGCGGCUAAUCAUCGUGGAAGCUGGCAGCAAGCGCGUUGAAGGCGUAGUCUCGUUGAGUGACAUAUUCAAAUUCUUCCUUUGUUAGUUAGUUUCGAUUGGGGACUGAACAACAAGUAUGGUUAUGAUGCUUCUAUGCAUAUAUAACCGCCGGGCAACCAUGAUCGGCGGCCCAGCCAUUAAAAUAGAGACUGGAGAGUCUUUUACACGGUCAUUUCAUCUCUCAAUUUCGUUGAAAUACAAUUGGAUUGACCUCUUGCUCAUUGCCUUGUUUUAAGAUUUUAGGCAGGAGAGAGAGGCCUGUAAAUUUAGUCUUUGAUUGCCUCAAAUUUAUUCCUCCCCCAUUCAUAUUAUCUUCAAAAUAUAUUAGUUGUUCCAGAAUCAUCAUCAUCAUAUAGACAUGCAAAGUGGGGAGCCCAAUGCUGUAAUCGUUCUAUAUUGUGAAGGUACUAAGUUUGGGAGAAAAAAAAAAGAUUUGUGGGAGGACGAAUAUCUGAAAUACUAUUGUGUUUUAAUGCUUCUAUUUACUAAUAAUCAGAUCUUUAGUUCUACA